CUGGAGCUCGGCCCCUGACUCUUUCCUGGGCCCGGGCCCGGGCACGGACGGGGCGGGGCCCCUUUCCAUCUCCGUAGCCUUGGGCUCCUUUCUUCUUAGCUGGAGUGGAGGGUGGGGAAGAAGGGGACUUGGGAGGAGCAGUCCUGUCGCUGAGGCGCGGGGUGCCUCAGUUUUGCCGUUCUGUUGUCCGUCUUUGGAAGAAAAUGACUUUUCCUGGUUAGAGCCCAUCGUGCUACGAACUGCACUCACAAGGGGAAAUGGCAUUCUUCUGGAGGGAGAACUGGUUGAUGUCUCUCGUCAUAACAUCUCAGAUGCCAGUGGCAAAAAGGAGCGUUAUUAUGUGUUGUACGUCAGACCCGGCCGCAUCCAUCGCCGCAAAUUCGACUGCAAAGGGAACGAGAUAGAACCCAACUUCAGCAACACCAGGAAGGUGAACACGGGCUUCCUCAUGUCCUCGUACAAGGUGGAAGCCAAAGGUGACACGGACAGGCUCUCACCCACGGAGUUGAAGGGACUGGUGGAAAAGCCAGAGCUGGUGGCGGUGACAAAAUGCCACACUCCAGACCAGGCACUAGCCUUUUGGAUUCCAGAGACGGAGAUGGAGAAGAUUGAACUAGAACUAGGUGCAGAACUUCGUCUGAAAACCCAGGGUGAUGGUCCUUUUAUAGGCUCUCUAGCAAAACUUGAGGCUGGAACAGUGACCAAGUGUAAUUUUGCUGGUGAUGGGCAGACAGGAGCAUCCUGGACAGAUAAUAUCAUGGCACAGAAAUCCUCAGAAGGAGUAGCCUCAGAGCUCCGAGGCCAAGGAGAUGGGGCCGAGGAUGACGAGUGGGAUGACUGAAAAUAGCAGGAAGAGGAACAUCUCCUUGGUGGCCACUCUCAGGAUGCAGUUUCUUUUGAAUACCUUCACUCUAAUUUCAUGUUUGAUGCUUCUUAUGGAACAGCAGUGGUAGAAAGGGAAGAUGUCAUCACCUCCUCUUAGCCGGAGUUGGAAUACACUUCAGACUGGCCCAUCUCUGCUAACAUCCCAUUGUGGCUCCUGAAGGAUCUGGACUCAAGACCUGUUAGAAUUUUCCCAUGGUUAGGUCUCAUCCAGGAAAAGGGUUCCAUUUCCUCAUUUGGGUGGUUUAAGAACCUUCUUGGGAUGUAACCUUUGAAAUGAAUUGGAAUUAUAUAUAACUAUACUUGGAGGAAACAAAAAUGAUUCAUUCAGCUGAGUCAGUGGCUCAUAGAAAGAAGUUGGUGAAUUCCCUGCUGAUCAUUUUGGCUUUAACUUCUUGCAUGAGGUCCUGAAAAACUGAAAUUGGAUAUCAGUUCUUCUGUCCCUUUUUGUGCCUCUUCCUUAUGGCCCUGAACAGAUUCAUAUACUGUCUUUCACAGCUCCACCCCCCUUUCAGCUGUCUUGGCAAUGCAGCCAUAUUUCCAUUUACACUGUAACCUUCAUCCCCAAUUCCACUUUGUCCUCUGAUAAUUGUCCCCUCACUACAGCUGGUUAUUUUAAUCAACAUCUCCUGAUUCCAAGAUGUCUUGGAUUGACCAGCACUAAUUGAGUAAUUGAUGGGAAGAACCAAAGGGGUAGAGUUAUCCACCUCUAUUGGUGUAUCUAAUUGUUCUAUUACUCUAAAACUAAUCCUACCAGUCUAGAAUAUUUUGUUUUUUAAUGUAAUUUAUACCUCUUUUAUACCAGCUAAUUUUAUCGGUGGUUUUUGUCAAUUAUUAAAUUUCUGGAAGUGGAAGAACAUAAAACAAC